AUGCUGCUUAGUGCAACCUUUCUCCUCCUUGGUCUGGCGUUCGCGAAACCAGUUAUACCAAGAGAUGAUACAAGCCCGACGCCUACUCCCACAGCUCCUACUGACGCAUGCGCCACCUCGUCUGUGAGCAGCCAGUGGCUAAGCACAUGUAACACCACGGUGUUUUGGCCAACCUCAACAGACUACUUCUACGGCCCGACCACAGGCGCUGGGGCAUCUGCUGUCAUCUGCAAUGCCCAAUGGGUCGAAUACAAUGGCCGAGCAGAUGGGCUUGCCUCACUUGGAGCAACUUCCACUUCGACCUCAUAUUGGAUUUCCCCCACCAGCACCGGGGCGUGCAACACAGAUGUCCGGCGUGAGGGCCCGGGAGACCCACACACUGGCCCCGUCACCACACUCUGCGAUGGAAUCACCCGUGCUAUUGGCCCUCUGGAGUUUAUCACGGACUACUGGCCCGGCACAGGCCCUUGCAGUACAUCGAUGUUGACCGAGUCUGACACCACUCUGCUGUACCGGUCGCCCUCCCCUGUCCCCACCUGUAAGCUGAAUACGCAGGAUUGCAUUCCCAUCUGGCAGACCUACAGCAGUCUUCGCUCCGUCUACCAUGAGUCAGUAACAACGGAAAUUCCAGGAGACACAAACAGCCCCAUUCGCCCAACACAAUGCCCCACGACAAAAAGGAACUACACAGAGCAGGACCCCUGCACCAACUGCCAUUAUCUGCCAGAUACAGCAACCCUCUUCUACUGGCCGGUGACCACUACCGGCGGUGAUCUCUGUAAUCAGAAUGGAACCACCGUGCCUGCCACCCCAACUGGAAACGGCCCCAACACUGCAGUUGUGAACGGCCAUACCUUCAUAUCCCCAAGUAUCUAUGUAUCCUUCACCAGCAUAUACGCCCGGAGCAACAACCGCGCACACCCAGGUGGCUCCUGCGGCGGCGAUUACGAGGACGUGAUUAUUUCCGUCAACCCAGAAGCCGUGACAUCCUACCGUAACCACAUCAAUGCGAAAUAUCCAAGAAUCGGCACAGCCUACCCGUUCAACUUUGCCGAGUUCCAGCCGCAUGUCGUUGGGAACUAUUCCCUGCCGCUGAUUCCAUGGGACCAGUACCACGGUGGAUCCCAGUGUAUCAAGGGCGGAGACGUCUGCAGCAUGAUCCGCAACGAUUACCUCCCCUGGAUGGAGAUCCCGGACGUGAUGACCCAGAUUGAUCACCGGUGGACGGAGUGCCAUCGCUCGUGGUACAUUCCGCCGGUCAGCUUGGUUCCGCUGAUCGGUGGGCUUGCGUCACAACCUACCGGAGUGGCUGAGGCGAGUAUUGCUCGAGAUGCAUCUGAACCUGCAGUACCUCAGUCGGGGCUGGCUGCUCCCACCCCGGAGGCUACUAGCAAUGGUCAUGGCCGGUGA